CCUGACUAAACAAUUGAAAUUAAAGCUAUAGACUGAUGACAGGCCUGUACACGAUGGGAUUUCUCUGCUGUCCACAAGUGUCAUUUCUCAUCGUGCUAGCAUUUAUAUCGUCUCCUACACAAGUUUUUAGUGAUUCAUCUUUCAAUGAUCGGUUUGAGUAUAGUGAAAUCCUUUCACGUGUGGCAUCAGCCCAUCUGAUGCAAGAAAGUGUGGUCAAAGAACAUUUAGUAAAAAAGAUUGGCUGGGACCAGACACUGAGUGAAAAACAGGGAACAUUUCUUGAUCAAGGAGAUGCCAUACUGGCCUGGGCCAGGAGGAAUAAUACAGUGUCCGAGGAAUGCACUAAUGUACUGGGACUUCUAAUUAAUGCCCUGGGUGAUCAGGAACUCUGGGCUGUAGAAUUUCUGGAUGCAGUUGGUAAGCCCCCUAGUGGAGUACUUCAGUUUGACUUGAUAUGGCCUGGUCAGUAUGAUCAGUGCAUCGACAUCUCGGCCAGGAUCAACAACACCAACCUCAACAAGAUGGUGGACAUCCAGGGAAUGUACUACCGCCUUGAAAUCAGACUGGCUCUGAACCUGCCACCAAGCAUGUUUGUAGAGACGCCACUUUUAGCUAUUUAUUUGAAAGACUUGACGUUUGGAGUGUGUGUACCCUCCCAGUGUAGUAAGACUGACAUCAUUGGUGUUUCUGCAGCAGCAAAUGCUGUGCUGAAUCCAAUUCUACCAGGCACACUUAAAAAUGCAACUAUCCAAGGAAUAGACGACCCACACCCCGCUGUGUUUGAAAAUCGCCCUGAGACGGUAGCCACACUUGUCAUUGGUUCCCUUCUGGCAUUUUUCCUGGUGAUUGGAACGCUGUAUGACCUCUUGAUCAAUCAACCUUCCCUAAUAGAAGAUACUAGUCUAUCAAAUGGUAUCGAGCAGAGGUCACAGGUCAACACCAACGCCCAGGAUCUCAAUGCAACCCUGAUCAGUUACUCAGAAAGCACAGAGACUGAACUCCUAAAUGAUGGUAAACAACUCACGACGGUAACCAUCCGACACAAAAUUACGAGUUAUGAGACCAUAGGAAGGUUCCUGAUGGGCUUCUCUAUGUAUACCAAUGGCUACAAGAUACUGAGUACAGAGACAAGUCCGAGUCAGAUCAAGGCCGUCAAUGGCAUCCGAGUACUCAGUCUCGGCUGGGUCAUACUAGGCCACACCUACUAUUUCACCUCCAGUUUGUGUAAAAAUCUGGUUGUGGCACAACAAUGGGCUCCACGCUGGACAUUCCAGGCUGUACUUAGUGCCCUGUUUUCUGUCGACUCAUUCUUCCUUCUCAGUGGCAUGUUGGGAUCUUUCCUAACUUUGAAAGAAAUGCAAAAGAGAAAUGGCAAGAUCAACUGGCUGAUCUACUACUUCCAUCGCUUCUGGAGAUUGACACCAGCCUACAUGUUGAUAAUGGUGACGUAUAUAGGCCUGUUCCACUACUGGGGAGAUGGACCUUUCUGGCCUCAGUUUGCUCCUGGUUAUGAUGUCUGUAUCAAACAUUGGUGGAGAAAUCUACUCUACAUACAGAACUUCUUCCCUGUCACAGAGCAGUGUAUUGGGUGGUCAUGGUAUCUAGCCAAUGACAUGCAGUUUUUUAUCAUCACCCCACUCAUCCUGAUCCCCCUGUACAGGAAGCCAGUGGUAGGAUAUAUCAUCAUCGGUGUACUCAUCAUGGAGCAGUUCCUGUUUCGUGGUCUCAUCUCUGUGUACUAUGGCUUCAAGAUGAAUAUUCCUGACCCCCAGCACCAAUUGGAUUGGUUCAAUGAGAUGUACCAGAGACCAUACUCCCGUAUCAGCCCGUACCUUAUAGGUAUUUUAACCGGCUAUGUUCUGUGGAGGACAGAUCGCAAGGUUCAAAUGUCCAAGCUGACUGUUUUGAUUGGCUGGGCGCUGUCCUUGACCUGUGUGAUUUCGGUUGUUUAUGGAACCCUACAGGAGAACAAGGGUCAUCUUAACUCUCUACAAGUUGAUGGUGUGUACAAUGCCGUCUGUAAAACCGUUUGGAGCCUCGGCUUAGCCUGGAUCAUCUUUGCCUGUAAUACAGGAUAUGGAGGUAUAAUUACGGAAUUCCUUUCCUCUGGUCUGUGGGGACCAUUUGGAAGGCUGACCUAUUGCGCCUACCUGAUUCAUCCGAUAAUGAUGUAUGCAUUUAUCUUGAACCAGCGCUACCCUAUCUACUUCACUGAUGUCAAUAUGGUUUACAUGUUUCUGGGUCACUGGAUUAUGUCAUACUGCCUGGCUUUCUUUGUCUCUCUGGCUUUUGAAGCCCCAAUGAUUGGAUUGGAAAAGAUUCUAUUUCAAAGAGAAAAACGCCAUUGAAUAAUCUAAACAAAAACUGUUCAAGUGGAGAAAAGCUAUGAAGCUCAUAAUGUACUGCUGGUUUGUUACUGAUUAAGAACAUUGCGAUAAUAUAGAGUUUGUAACAAGUUUGUUUACUCAUAGAAGUAUUAGGUUGUAGUUUAUGUUAAGAAUGUAUGGUCUGUAGAAGGUCGGUAAAUGUAUAACAUAUGUUCAUUGGUUGAUAGAGGAAAUAAAGUUGAUAAAAAGAAAGCUCCUUAAUGCACCGAUAAAUAGGAUGUUUCUUGAUAAGUUGACAAAAAGUUGGUUUAUUGAUGAGUUGAUAAACAUGAUGUUAAUUGAUGAGUUGAUGAAUAGGAUGUUAAUUGAUGAGUUGAUGAAUAGGAUGUUAAUUGACGAGUUGAUAAACAGGAUGUUUAUUGAUGAGUUGAAGUAAAUAGGAUGUUAAUUAAUGAGUUGAUAAAUAGGAUGUUAAUUGACGAGUUGAUGAAUAGGAUGUUAAUUGACGAGUUGAUAAACAGGAUGUUAAUUGAUGAGUUGAUAAAUAGGAUGUUUAUUGAUGAGUUGAUAAAUAGGAUGUUAAUUGAUGAGUUGAUAAAUAGGAUGUUUAUUGAUGAGUUGAUAAAUAGGAUGUUAAUUGAUGAGUUGAUAAACAGGAUGUUAAUUGACGAGUUGAUGAAUAGGAUGUUAAUUGACGAGUUGAUAAACAGGAUGUUAAUUGAUGAGUUGAUAAAUAGGAUGUUAAUUGAUGAGUUGAUAAACAGGAUGUUAAUUGAUGAGUUGAUGAAUAGGAUGUUAAUUGACAAGUUGAUAAAUAUGAUGUUAAUUGAUGAGUUGAUAAAUAGGAUGUUAAUUGAUGAGUUGAUAAAUAGAAUGUUAAUUGAUGAGAGUUGAUAAAUAGGAUGUUUAUUGAUGAGUUGAUAAAUAGGAUGUUAAUUGAUGAGUUGAUAAAUAGGAUGUUAAUUGAUGAGUUGAUAAACAGGAUGUUAAUUGACGAGUUGAUGAAUAGGAUGUUAAUUGACGAGUUGAUAAACAGGAUGUUAAUUGAUGAGUUGAUAAAUAGGAUGUUAAUUGAUGAGUUGAUAAACAGGAUGUUAAUUGAUGAGUUGAUGAAUAGGAUGUUAAUUGACAAGUUGAUAAAUAUGAUGUUAAUUGAUGAGUUGAUAAAUAGGAUGUUAAUUGAUGAGUUGAUAAAUAGAAUGUUAAUUGAUGAGAGUUGAUAAAUAGGAUGUUUAUUGAUGAGUUGAUAAAUAGGAUGUUAAUUGAUGAGUUGAUAAAUAGAAUGUUAAUUGAUGAGAGUUGAUAAAUAGGAUGCUUAUAGAUGAGUUGAUAAAUAGGAUGUUAAUUGACGAGUUGAUAAAUAGGAUGUUAAUUGACGAGUUGAUAAAUAGGAUGUUAAUUGACGAGUUGAUAAAUAGGAUGUUAAUUGACGAGUUGAUAAAUAGGAUGUUAAUUGACGAGUUGAUAAAUAGGAUGUUAAUUGAUGAGUUGAUAAACAGGAUGUUAAUUGAUGAGUUGAUAAAUAGGAUGCUUAUUGAUGAGUUGAUAAAAAGGAAGUUUAUUGAUGAGUUGAUAAAAAGGAAGUUUAUUGAUGAGUUGAU